AUGAAACAGUUGCACAGUUCUUCUCGGCUAUUCAGCACAGAUUCGCUUCAUUCAAAGGGUACGGCAGUGAAGCUCAGUGCCAACACUGAUGUUGCUGUGAUGGAUGAUGAUGAUGAUGAUGAUGAUGAUCAUUCACAAAACGAAAUCUCCAUCGAUGAUCUUUUCACGCUACCAACUGUCGUCCCACAGUCACGCACCCAACUCAUUUCCCCGGCUUCGUUUGCUCGCGGCUUGGUCCCAUAUAAGGAACACCAUUCAAAGGUCUUCCAGAAUUUUCGCUUCAGAGGCACAAGGGAUUCACCCAAGUUCAUAUCAUCUAUUACAAUUUUGAUAGAUGUGGCUUUCAAACUAUUAUCGAAUGCAGAUUAUCUAAAGAGUGAACAAAAGUAUUCUGAGGUUUAUGCACGACUCGAAAAACGCAAUUCGCUUCGUUCUUUCCUCAGUUAUUCUUCAGUUGAUGAAGAGAUCCGGAGAGACGAUCAGUCAGAACGUUUGGGGAACGCGAGGAGCGUUACACACACUAUUACACACUGCUUUCAUGCUGUCCAUGAUGAUGAUGAUGAUGAAUCGGAUGAUGAUGAUGAUUCGGAUGAUGAUGAUGAUGAUUGGGAUGAUGAUGAAGAUGACGAUGAUGAUGACGGUGAUUCGGAUGAUGAUGAUGAUUCGGACGAUGAUGAUGAUGACGAUAAUGAUGAUAUAGAGAGGUACAUUUGUGUACUACCACCCAAGACGAUUUCACUCUCAGCAGUCACGAGCGCUCUACCCAGACGUUAUUUCCGCUGGAAUGAUCCGAUUAACAAAUCACCGUUACGGUGGUCGGUGUAUUUUCCUCGGAUAAAGUUGGGGUAA